AUGCUUUUUGAUUUUAAACUCGUAGAAUUCACUUAUUCCAAGAUACUUACUUUUGAAACAAUAAAUCCUCAUGUUAAGAAGGUUGAAUAUGCCGUUCGAGGUGAAUUGGCAAUUCGUGCCGAAGAAAUUAAGGAAGUGCUUGCCAAAAAUGGUCCUGGUAAGUUAGGAUUUGACACUGUUGUCGCCUGUUUGACGGAAUACCCUGAUCUUUUAUUACCGGAAAAUCGUAAUCACGUAAACGCGCUCUUUCCUUCGGACGCGAUCGAGCGCGCCCAAUUGUUGCUAAAACAAAUUGGAAGUGUCGGUGCAUACUCUCAUUCACAAGAUCCGGAUAACAUUUUUCUUACGCAAGGAGCCUCAAUGGGUGUACAAAGUGUACUACAACUUAUUAUCGCACAUUCCAAUGUUGGCAUUAUGAUACCUAUUCCACAAUACCCUCUUUAUAGCGCAACACUAUCGCUUUUUGAUGCUAAACCGGUACCUUAUUACUUAAAUGAAGAGGAAAAUUGGAGUUUGAAUAUUUCUCAGUUGACUUCAUCCCUUGCUACAGCACGUGACAAAGGAUUGGACGUUCGUGCGCUAGUUAUCAUUAAUCCUGGUAAUCCAACUGGACAAUGUUUAACAGAGCAAAAUAUGCGUGAAAUCAUUGAUUUUUGUCAUCAACAACACCUCGUUCUUCUUGCUGAUGAAGUAUAUCAAACCAAUGUGUAUCAACCCGCUGAACGUCCUUUCCGUUCCUUUAAAAAGGGUAUGAUAGGUGAAUGUGGACGAAGAGGUGGCUACUAUGAAUGCACUGGUAUCGACAAACAAGUUAUUGAUCAACUUUAUAAGAUCGCAUCAGUUGGCCUUUGCCCGAAUGUUCCAGGACAAAUCAUGGUUGAUUUGAUGGUACGUCCGCCUAAACCCAAAGCAAUGGAAGCCGCUAAAAAGGCUGGAAAGCAACCCGAUGAAUUUUAUUGCUUGGCAAUGCUUAAUGCUACAGGCGUGUGUGUUGUACCAGGUAGUGGAUUUCAUCAAGAAGAGGGUACAUGGCAUUUUCGUAGUACAUUCUUACCACCCGAAGAAUUAUUCGAUGGUCUUUUGUCAAAAGAGAACCAAUUAUAUUCCUAUCUGCGCAUGGCACAGCAAAGUUGCGCCAAACCUAUUUAUCGUUACUUAGCGGGACGCAUUGGCCAACAUAAAGAUAAUUUGUAUCUUCAUCCAGAUAAGGAAAAGUUCGUUAGACUUCCGAUUGGAGGAAGAGAAACCCAAGGCAUGGCUUCUCCAGAGAUUCAAAUUCCUGAUUCUGUUUACCCACCUAUUCCAGGGGAAAACCAUCGGUAUUAUGGAAAUAUUCACAAAAAACAAGUAAUGCUUCAUUCCACUGCCAAUGUCCGAGAUUUUUAUGAUACGUCAAGCUUACCUCGAUAUUUUGACAACCAAAAUGUAAUGGACAUGGACAUACACGAUGCAGCUGCCUGUGGCAAUAUAGAAAGGGUAAAAGACCUGCUAGAUCCUCGCGGUGCCGGUGAAACUACUUCAUCCUUUUUGCUUGCGAAUGAAGUAAGCUCAUCUGGUUUAACUCCUUUACACUAUGCCGCUUCGCGCGGUCACACGGAUAUUGUUCAAUGGUUAGUCACCGAUGCUGGGGCCAUUAUAGAUCUUGAGGAUCAGACCGGUGAGAAUUGUCAUGGUGAAUCCGCUUAUGAUGUAGCCGCUGUCGCUCAUAAAGCAUAUGUUUGUGAAUUAUUGGAAAAAGUUGAACGUGAAUGGUGGAGGAAUAAAAGAAGAUUAUUGCAAUCAAGUAAAUUUUUAGAAAUAACCGUUAACACUCAAAAUCAACCAUAUAAUGUUUUAGCCUUCCACAACACUGUACCUAUUAUUCUUCAUGAGAAUCAACGCUUGUCCUCCACUUUUAGUUUAUCUAUUCGUAAUCCUCCAAAAUACUCAGCAAAUAACCUUUUGAAGACCGAUUGCAGCCCUUGGACCCUUCAACCUGAAGGGAAAUCCACUUCUAAGGAUGACGUUCACCUUCCACUGGAACAUUCAUCGUCAUCUAUUUCAUCAAAAUCUUCGCAAAGUGACUGGUUUUGGUUUGAUGACUGGCUCGUUGAUCUUAGUUAUCCACGUGUUGACUCACAAGGAUGGCAGUAUGCUAGAAAAUUUGAAGAUCCAGAAAAUUUAUGGUCAGAGUCAUUACCAUUAAAUAGUAAUACUGGAGUUCGAAGAAGAAGAUGGGUACGGAUCAUGAAACGUCGUGUUGAUUUGGAUUAUUUAGAUAGAGGCGAAUCUCUUGUUCAAAAACACCAAGGCAACGGUAAAGGCACAAAUUCCCAUGAUAAUCCGACGGCACCAAAUAUGUUAAAGCCAUUGUCUCCUACUAGAUCAGAUGCACCAAUUACCAAUCACGGAACACCAUCAACCGCAAGUUUUGAAACAAUUGAGCACCCAUGGAAUGAAGAUGCUUAUAAUGUUCAAGAGUCGAUUCUUGACCUUACAACGCCUUCCACAUUAUCUAUGUCUAGAACACAAACGGGUGUCAAUAUGACAAAUGCUCAAGCACAUUCUUUAACUUCUCAUAGCAAAUACGAAUGGGAAAAUGACGAGGAUGUAAGUGAAUGUCGUCUAGUAUGCGAUCAAUGUUCUACUGCACGAGUUGUUAUGUCACCUACACAAGUUGUUUCCGGUCCUUCAUCAAGUGAAAAUGUUGGUCAACCUUCUCAACCUCGCCGUGUGUGUGACGAUUGCUAUCAAGCAAUGGGACAUUAA